GCGCAACCCCCCUCCAUCUCCCCCACCACCCUGUUCGCUAGGAUUGACAGGACGCUUGCAGCAGCACCCGGAAAGACGAAAGAAACAAAAAAUAGAAUCGGGCGAAACUUGGAGGAUAUAGAGGGCUGGGAGGGGAAAGAAAGCGUUACGUAAAAAACAUAUACACAUAGAGUAAAAUACAAAUCUGCACCUUCAACCUUUGGCUCGCCGUCCAACCCUCACGUGCGCGGCUGCUCCAGAUUCUGCUCGCGCACUGUGUGCUGACCGGAGCGCGCUCGCUCUCUCACAACCGAGAGUGCUCUGCUGAGAACCGACCGAGCCCGGUGCGAACCGACAGCCUUUGACCAGAGAGCAUGGCUGAUAGGGAGCAACUGAUCCAAAGAGCCCGUCUGUCGGAGCAGGCGGAGCGCUACGAUGAUAUGGCCUCCGCGAUGAAGCUGGUCACAGAGCUGAACGAGCCGUUGUCCAAUGAAGACCGCAACCUGCUCUCUGUGGCCUACAAGAACGUGGUUGGGGCCCGGCGGUCAUCUUGGCGCGUCGUGUCCAGCAUAGAGCAGAAGACGGCGGCGGAUGGCAACGAGAAGAAGCUGGAGCUGGUGCGGGUCUACCGAGAGACCAUCGAGAAGGAGCUGGAGUCGGUGUGCCAAGACGUUCUCACCCUGCUGGACCAGUACCUCAUCAAAAACUGUGACGAAACCCAGGUGGAGAGCAAGGUCUUCUACCUGAAGAUGAAGGGCGACUACUUCCGGUACCUGGCCGAGGUGGCCACCGGCGAAAAGAGGGCCUCUGCCGUCGAAUCGUCCGAAGGCGCCUACAAAGAGGCUUUCGAUAUUAGCAAGAGCAUGCCGGCCACCCAUCCCAUCCGCCUCGGCCUGGCACUCAACUUCUCCGUCUUCUACUACGAGAUUCAAAACGCGCCCGAGCAGGCCUGCCAGCUUGCCAAGGAAGCCUUCGACGACGCCAUCGGCCACCUGGACAAUCUGAACGAGGACUCCUAUAAGGACUCCACGCUCAUCAUGCAGCUCCUGCGGGACAACCUCACCCUGUGGACCAGCGACCAGCAGGACAGCGAAGCGGGAGACGCCAAUAACUGAGAGAUCGGCCUCUUCUAGCUGUCGUAGCACCCGUCCGUCUUCUUUGAAGCUGUAUCUUAUUUCUCUCUGUCUGCUCCUUGUUUCUCACUCUCUCUUUCUUCUGCAUCCCAUCUUUCCUGUCUCUUUGAGACACCUCAGUGCUCUUUUUUGGUUCCUCAGGGCAGCUCUUCAGACCCUCACCUCUUUUUAUCCCUUUUCCACCAACAGGAAGCCGUUAACCGAACAGGAACCGCUCCACCGCAGAAAAGGCAGUUCUGAGAUGGAAAAAUGGCGUUGGGCUCUAAAACCUACUUGAUUCGAACCUGGAUAAUGCCUCUUCUAUUAUUAUAUAUAAAGCAUUAAGUUGACAAAUAUUGUCAUUUUAUUCCUUAUGCAUCACUUGUGAUGUGCUUUGUACGUCAAAAUGCAUUGCAUAAUUCAUAAGCAAAAAUAAACCGAAAUGAAUUAUUUACAAAUAUCAUACAUGAAAAUGGACUUCUACCAUGCAGUAAAUUUGAUCGCAAAAACACAAUGAUUCAAAUUACUUUGCAUGUGCAGAUUUGUUUCUUAAAAGUUCAUAAAAAAUGAAAUGAUUUUGAAAUAUACUCACAAAUUGAAUGCUAGUUACAUAUUAAUUGUGACACGAACUGAAAUUAAUUUGGAUGUUUAAAUCUAUUCGGAACAUUCAUAGCAUAUUCAAUUUUAUUGAUAUUUCUCUCGAUGGCACUGAUUCGAAUGUUUUACGAGAUGCAUCAUUGUUCAGCCCUCAAGCCAGUUUGGUGAAAAAGGGGUAUUUAUCCUCCUCUCAUUUUCUGUUUUCCAGUCGAUUCCUCUCUUCCUGUCCUUAACCUCUUUUUCUGUAUACAGCUCUCUCCUUUCUUUCCACAACAAGUUGCUGAUAGCCUGCUGGUGUCCAUGUGAAAUUUAUUUAGUGUGUACUUGUAAGGACUCGAUCUUCGUAGAAACUCUGUAACACUUAUUACAGGAUGAGAUCUUGAGUAUGUGGCACAGUGUAGUGCUAAUGUCACACCUUAUUGUGUUCUUCUUCUUCUUCACUCGUCUUUGAUCUGUACCUCCAUCACUGCGUAGAUGUGUUUGUCUGUCGUUCCCCUAAUCUCGCUAGCCUUGUGAAUUGUCUAUAUCUGCUGAUCUCACUACAGUACGGUGUCGUCCAAAAUGUGGGAGGCACUCUGUUGUGAGACACAGUGAUCAAACGUCUUGAGUAGGAUUACAUAUGCAAGGUUAUGUAAGAAUGACAUUAAAGACAUUGCUUAUCAUGGGAACUCGCAAA